GUCGUAGUGGGGACUGCCGAAGAAAUGUAUGUGAAAUCAGAGGCUGCUUACAUCCAUUCCAAUAGUAGACGUUAGAGCUGCUAAGAUGGCUGAUUAUAAACUUGGAAAACUUAUCAACGAGGGGAAGACAAAGAAGAUUUACGAACUUCUGAACGAUCCUACGUUAUGUCUGCUGGAAAGCAAGGACCGCAUUACCGCUGGCGACGGCGUGAAGUCUCACGCCUUGGAGGGCAAGGCGGUAAUUAGCACGUCCACCACCGUGAAGGUCUUCGGGUUGCUCAAUCAGGCUGGUAUCAGGACAGCUUACGUCAAGCCCGCCGGUCCAAAGUCUUUCAUAGCGAAGAAAUGUGACAUGAUACCGAUUGAAUGGGUUACCAGGAGGCAGGCGACCGGCAGCUUUCUAAGAAGACAUGCCGGGGUACCUGAGGGUUACAGAUUCAAUCCGCCUCUGCAGGAAACGUUCUUUAAGGACGACGCUAAUCACGAUCCGCAAUGGUCCGACGAGCAGAUCAUCUCCGCGGGCUUCCGAAUGGGCGGCAGAAACAUAACGAGGGAUGACGUAGAAAUAAUGAAACGCACCACUGUUGUUAUCUUCGAGAUUCUCGAGAAGGCUUGGACGGUGCGUAACAGCUCGUUGAUCGACAUGAAGAUAGAAUUCGGCGUGGACACAAACGGGGAGAUUUUGCUAGCUGACAUUAUCGACAGCGACUCCUGGAGACUCUGGCCCGCUGGAGACAAGAAACAGAUGAAAGAUAAGCAGGUGUACAGGGAUCUGUCCAAUGUAACGCAACAGAAUUUGGAGACCGUGAAGUGUAACUUCAAGUGGGUAGAGGAGCAGUUGGAUUAUGUUACUGACGCACCCAUCCCGUUGGUUGUCAUACUCAUGGGCUCGCCGUCCGACGAGGCACAUUGCCGAGAAAUUGCAAAGCAUGCUAAAGCGUUAGGUCUGAAGCCACAGCUCCGAGUCUGCAGUGCCCAUAAGUGUACCGCGGAAAGUCUAAAUGUUCUUGCCGAAUAUGAGGGCAGUGGAGAAAACGUGGUACUGAUAGCGGUGGCCGGCCGCAGCAAUGGUUUGGGUCCAGUACUCUCCGGCAACGCGGUCUUGCCGGUCAUAAAUUGCCCACCUCUGAAAUCGGACAAUAUCGAACGAAGCGUGUGGUCCUCGCUCGACGUCCCGUCAGGACUUGGCUGUACGACGGUCGUGCAUCCAGAAGCAGCUGCCCUCGCGGCCGCGCAAAUCCAUGCGAUGCAGAAUCACUUGGUCUGGGCUCGUUUGCGAGCGAGGCAACUCUCCAGCUAUAUAAGUCUAAAACGAGCCGACGUUGAAUUGCGAAAGUUGUUGUGAGCAAGUGUGUUUCGUUGUAACGAAACAAUAAAUGGCAAUUGUUUUCUGAAGAGCACAUAGCAGUACGAGCAGUGAGAAGAUUUGUAUAUUCCUUUACACACAUUUCAGUGUAUCAAUUCACUUUGAAGUAUUUUGUAGAGAGCGAUUAUUCUCGAUUUUCUUUCUUCAUGUGUAUUUUCUUUCCACCAUGCGCCUCGAGAUGCAAUUUUUGUCCCAUUAAAAGUGCGACAGCAUGAUUGUGCCAUAGAUUGCGAUAUAAUCUGAAUUUUGUUGUAUCAAUGAUCACGUUAGCUCUUUUCAUAUAUACUCUACUGUUAUUGAUUCUAGUAAUACUUUACUGGUUUCAAGUAUGCAAUAUUCGUCUAUUUCCGUUUAAACAAAUUUUCGAAUAAUGUAAAAGUUUUUCUUUAUGAAUUUAUAAAAUGUAUGUUAUAUCUAAAAUAAAAGAAAUGCAAAGCAUUGACGUUCUCUUUCUAUGUAUUAUACAAUUAUAUCAUUCUUUGAAUUAUACUAAUAAGUGAAAUGAUAUAUAAUUAUAUAAUACACAGACAUGUAUGUAUAUACAGAACCGUGUUUGCACAAAGCGAUUCUUCAACAUAUGUACCCAAGAAAUAUGUUAUGAAGAAAUAAAAGUUGGGGUUGGAAUCAUA